AUGGAAACCCCCGUAGCCACCGUUCCUACCACAGAGGCUUCUGCCGCGGCUCCGGCCUCAGAUGCGGCUGCCCAGGUUCCAGCUCCUGCUGCGGAACCCAAGAAGGAUUGGUCCGAUCUAGCUGAGGAGGAAGAUGAGGAAAAGACGCCCAUCAAGAUCUCUGGCCUCGCGCCUGAGGACACCGAUGCGAAGCUCGUGAUCGACCAGUCGAACCCCGAUUCGCCCCUCUACUCGGUUGGCUCGUUUGAGGACCUUAAGCUGCGCCCCGAGCUGCUCCAGGGCGUCUACGCCAUGGGCUUCAACAAGCCCUCCAAGAUCCAAGAGACCGCCCUCCCGCUCAUUCUGGGCACCUACGGCCAGGCACAGAACCUCAUCGCCCAGUCCCAGUCCGGCACAGGCAAGACGGCUGCCUUCUCGCUGGGCAUGUUGAGCCGCGUUGACGAGUCGAAGAAGGUCACCCAGUGCCUUUGCAUCUGCCCCGCACGCGAGCUCGCCCGCCAGCUCUUUGAAGUAAUCACUGAAAUGGGCAAGUUUACCAACAUCAAGACCUUCCUUGCCGUUAAGGAUGUGCCGAAGAUGUCGCAGGGCUCCUUCCCGUACCAAAUCGUCGUCGGCACGCCCGGUAAGAUCACUGACUUGGUGAAGGCGAGAGUCAUCAACAUGCGCGAGAUCAAGAUCUUCGUGCUCGACGAGGCCGACGCGAUGCUCGAUCAGCAGGGCCUCAAGGACCAGACCAUGCGCGUGCACGCAAUGCUGCCGCGCCAGUGCCAGGUCCUGCUGUUCUCGGCCACCUACGACGAGGAGGUGACGGCGUUCGCGCUGAAGACCGUCCCGCAGCCGAGGACCACCAUGCGCCUGGAGAAGAGCCAGCUGACCGUCGACAAGAUCGCGCAGUUCUACCUGCCCUGCAAGACCGACGAAAACAAGUUCACCAUCCUCUCGGACAUCUACGCCUACCUCACCAUCGGCCAGAGCAUCAUCUUCUGCCAGCGCAAGGACACGGCCGAGAUGCUCGCCCGCAACAUGAAGGCCGCCGGCCACACCGUGUCGCUCCUGCACGGCAACCUCGACACCAAGGAGCGCGAUGCGGUCAUCGACGAGUACAGGUUCGGCAAGACGCGCGUGCUGAUCACGACCAACGUGCUGGCGCGCGGCAUCGACAUCCUCCAGAUCACGCUCGUCAUCAACUACGACGUGCCCGUCGACAGGACCGGCCGGGCCGACUACGCCACCUACCUCCACCGCAUCGGUCGCUCCGGUCGAUUCGGACGCUCGGGCAUCGCCCUCAACUUCGUCUCCGACCAGCGGUCGCUCAACACCCUCAAGGACAUCGAGCGCUACUUUGGCAAGCCCAUUGCUGAGUUCCCGCUCGACGAUCUGCCCAAGCUCGACGCCAUGCUGCGCGAGCUGAGCUAA